AUGGCCUCCGCCGUGCGCGGAUCCGGCGCCGUGCGGGCCUCCGCCAAGACAGAGAGGAGGAGGAGGGAGGGAGGGCACGGAGGUGGGCGGCGCGCCAUGGCCUUCACCCCGGGAGCUCCCCGCCCACGUCCGCCGGCACAGGCCAGCUCGAGCUCCCCGCCCACACCGGCCCCGCGGCGGGAUGGGGAGCAGGGAUCGGCGGCGCAGCAACAAUCGCCCUCGACCGGCGGCGCGCAGAUCCGAGCCCGAGCUCUACCGCGGAGCUCGACCGGCGGCGAGCAGAUCCGAGCCCGAGCUCCGGCGGGUCAAGGCGGCCCGUCCGGCGGCAGCGGGAGAUCCUUCCCCAUCUCUUCCCCUGCUCCGGCGGAUCCGAGCCCGAGCUCCGACGGGAGUCCACCACCAGGCAUGCCGACGCUCCACCGCGGCGUACCAGAGAAGGAGGAGGCGGCGGAGAACUAG